AUGCGAGUCCGUGACAUGUACUCUAGCGGUGGCUUUGCAGCGGCGGCAGGAUUGCUGUUGUGGUUAGCCACUUGCAGCACGAAUGCCGCCACGACAGCUACGCCCAGGUCUCCGAUAUUUCCAGAUGUCUUCUCGCUCAAGUACACGUUCUCAAUGCCUCACUUCUACCUCACCCAGCCAAAGGGCCUCAGGUAUCGUGCUUUAGCCGCUCCGGACGCGAUUGGUGUUGUGGUGCUGCAAUUAAAUUGGUGCUGUGCUUGCGGUAUUGUGGCGUGCUGUGUCUUGCAGUGGAAGCUGUGCUGUGCCACAUGCGAUGUAACCACCACUGUGCAAGCAACGUUACAUGCCAUGCAAGCACCCUCAGGGAUCCACUUCCACCUCGUUGUAUUUCUGGGCCGCUGCUAUCCAGUUUCAGUUUGGUACGACGGUCCUAAAAACCUGCGGCGCGUGGAGGCGUACGACGGAGAAGACUCAUGCGUGUCUGUGGAGGGAGUAGAUUACACCAUCAUCCCGCGCAUCAACACCUUGCAAUGCGAUGUGUACGGCGAAAAGGGCAGGAAGGUUCAGUCGGUGAGGUGGGAGUACGGCGGCUCCGUGGAGUUUGAUGGCCGGCAAGCGGACAUUUGGCAGCGCCAGAUCAAGGAGUACGACAAGGUGUCGCAGUACACUUUCUACGUCACACCGGAUGCCGUACCGUUGCGACUCUACAUGAUGGGCAUCAACUACCUUACCAAUGCUCACUUUGACGAGUUAAGCUCCGUACGCCUUUUUCAUAUUUUCAGAGUGCGGUCGCACUGCAGUCGUACUUCCCAUUGGAAGUCAUGUAACUAUGUACGAGCAACGCAGAUGAUUCGCCCUUGCUUAGAAGAUGCAUUUACACACAUCCACUUAUACAAAUUGUUACCCAAUGCAGUUUUCCGUCGGUACCUGUACGACUUCACACAUUUCGCGCCCGGCUUGCCUAACAACGCUUCCAACCUCUUUGUCGUACCCACGAUAUGUAAUGAGGUAACGGCCAAAAAGGGGCAACGGCAGCACCCUGCCGCCCUGCAGCUGGGGGCACUCCUGCCGGACAUCCGGGCGUACGAUCACAAUCGUGCAUACAACAUCUGGUCACGUGCCCAUGGCCGGGCACAUGCUGACGCGGACGAGUACGACGCAAGGAUGAAGAGGUUUCGGAGCGUCGUUGAGCGCGUGCAGGCCCACAACGCCAAUCCCAACCGGAGCUUCUCCAUGCGUCUCAACCACUGGGCGGACUGGCACCAUGAUGAGUUCCUACAAGCUAUGAUGCCAAACAGGAGAAGGGAAACAGCAGCCAAUGUACAGCAGUACGACCUGUCGUACAGGCAGGAGCGAGGGAAAGGAGUUCUGGGGCUUACCUCGGUGGAGGAGGGUUCAAGAGGAGGCGGGGGAGGUCGAGGCGAGGAGGAGGAGGAAGAGGUGCUGCUUUCAGAGCGCCCUGGUCCGUACCGCCCCGUGGGCCGGCUUGGGGCCAGUCUUCCACGUCAUCAAUUGCCGUACUCUGUGGACUGGCGGGGUACGGGAGCUGACCCUGGUGUCAAGGACCAGGGAAUGUGCGGCAGCUGCUACGCUUUCGCCGCCACGGGAGCUAUGGAUGGGGCCUGGUUCGUGGCCACCGGGCAGAGGAGGUCGUUCAGCGAACAGCAGAUUGUGGAUUGUGCCUGGGAGUACGGUCCCAACGGUUGCUUCGGCGGUUACUACCAGCCUGUGUUCAACUACGUAGCUGAGAAUGGCGGCAUUGCGUUGGAGCAGGACUAUUCGUACAGGAGCGAGGUCGGCUUCUGCAGGUCUGCUAACCGCAGCAUGGUGGGCCAGUUCUCCGGCUACUGGGCUGUGGAGAGUCGCAACGAGGAGGCGCUUAUGGAGGCGGUGUGGAAGUACGGCCCCGUGGCUGUGUCGGUGGAUGCGGCGCCUGAGAGCUUCCGGUUUUAUUCGGGAGGAGUGUACGACGAACCUACCUGCUCUCAUAAGAUGCGAGAUCUGGAUCACACCGUCACGUUGUACGGGUACGGCACUACUGCCGACGGCAAAGAUUAUUGGCUGGUCCGCAACAGCUGGGCCAAGUUCUACGGCGAUGACGGCUACAUUCGUAUUCUGAGGGGAUCCAGAGAUUGCGGUAUUGCCACAGAUCCUGCCGUACCGGUGGUCCCGGAGCACCUGGUGAACUGGGAGGCGAGGGAGGCGGCACGUCGGGCGGCGGCAAAAUGGAAGCCGGAGCCCCAACGGCAGCCCCAGCAACGACAACAGUAG